UCAAUUGCUUUAGAUAAGGUGAAGUGAUGGACUGAUGCAGAAAAUGUUGAUUUUGCACGGAAAACUGAAUAUUUGACAUACACACACGCACACAUACAGUCAUAUUUGGGGGGUUUUCUCAGCGUAUAUGGCUUAGCAUAUGGUCCACUCUAAAUGAAAAAGUUUAACAGCAAUUUUGUCACCAUAGCUUUGGAGCCAGGGUGUAACUAAAUACAAGCAGUCACAUCCUGAUUUGAAAGCUGUUGGUCUCACCACUGGAUUUAUUGCGCGGCAGACGCACAACACAAUUUUGCCAUACAAAAUUUCAGCGCAGAACAGUGCACCGUGCACGUCUAUUCUAUUCAUCUCUCAAGUCAAACGAUGGUGUGAGACUGGGGGAGAGCAUACAUACUGGACUGGUGGAUGGAUGCCAACAACUGAGAGAAGAAGAUGUUUGGUUAAGUCAUCGAGCGACAGCCUGAAAGGUGCGCGCGUUCAGAUGCUCCGCUGGCACGGGCUUUUUUCCCUGGCAAGAGAGAGAUAACGGGAGAUGCUGCUGGAGUUGCUUUUGUGCCGUUCCGCUCUCUCUGUCUCUCUGGCUUUAAUCUUUCCUUGGGACAAGACAUUUGCCUAAGGGAGAUGUGAAGAGGCUUAAAGUAUGGCAUGCAACGAUGGUUUCUGCCAAGAAGGAGAUGGUGACUGCGAUGUACCCCAGUUAUAUUUCGACUCUCUUCUACCUCUUCUGCCUGACUGCUUGUGUAAAGAGAAUAUCUGGAACGAUAAAAAAGGAUGAGAGAAUAUAUCCCGAGAAUUUCACACGCAUUUUAGACCGACUCCUGGACGGGUAUGACAACAGACUGCGACCUGGAUUUGGUGGUCCAGUGACAGAGGUGAAAACAGACAUUUAUGUGACAAGUUUUGGGCCUGUCUCUGAUGUUGAAAUGGAGUACACCAUGGAUGUGUUCUUCAGACAGACAUGGAUGGACAGGAGGCUGAGGUAUGAGGGGCCUAUCGAGAUCCUCCGCCUCAACAACAUGAUGGUCUCCAAUGUGUGGACUCCAGACACCUUCUUCAGGAAUGGCAAGAAGUCUGUGGCCCACAACAUGACUGCCCCCAACAGGCUAUUCCGCAUUAUGAAGAACGGCACCAUUCUUUACACCAUGAGGUUGACUAUCAGCGCAGAGUGUCCCAUGAAGCUGGUUGACUUCCCCAUGGAUGGACAUGCAUGCCCUCUCAAGUUUGGAAGCUAUGCAUACCCUAAAACAGAGAUGAUCUAUACCUGGACCAAAGGACCACAGUAUUCAGUGGAGGUUCCCCCAGAAUCCUCCAGCCUAGUGCAGUACGAUCUCAUUGGCCACACUGUCAGUAGUGAAGAGGUCAAGUCAAUCACAGGUGAAUACGUGGUGAUGACAGUGCACUUCCACUUGAAGAGGAAAAUGGGCUACUUCAUGAUUCAGACGUAUAUCCCCUGCAUCAUGACAGUAAUCCUCUCCCAAGUGUCCUUCUGGAUAAAUAAGGAAUCAGUCCCGGCUCGAACAGUCUUCGGCAUCACCACAGUCUUGACCAUGACCACGUUGAGCAUCAGCGCGCGCCACUCCCUACCCAAGGUCUCCUAUGCCACAGCCAUGGACUGGUUUAUUGCCGUGUGUUUUGCCUUUGUCUUCUCCGCCCUCAUCGAGUUCGCUGCCGUCAACUACUUUACCAACGCGGAGAUGGAGAGACUGAAAAGGAAGCCGGCAAAAUGCCCACCGGCCCCCCAAACAACCCCAGUGAAAGUGAAGGAUAUGGAGGAAGUUCUGCAGCAUAACCCUGAUACCAAUGGGAACCUUCGCAAACGGAUGAACUAUAUGUCCCAGCAAGACAUCCAGAAAGCUGAGUCAUACAGCACAGCAGCUACAGGGGUAACCAGGAGACAACCCCAGUCUGGCCAAUCGUCUUCAUCCACGGGGUCGACUGGGGACACCAUCAUCCUACCCCACUCCAGCCCCGGCCCUGCCAGCCAACCGAACACCUCCUUCACCACCCUGUCUGUCAAGAACACGCCCCCGGCUCCACCCACCACCCCGACAAUACCAGCCAAUCAGAGCCAGCCCACUGACUCCUCCCUCCAGGACCUCCUAGGACCUAGACUGGAGCACAUUCAACUGAUGGGUAAAAAUGAGCCCAAGCAGUCGCCAUGCUCCCAGCCGACCACCACCGGUAUGGGCGGGACCAGUAAAAUCGAUAAGUACGCUCGCAUCCUGUUCCCAGUGUCCUUCGGAGCCUUCAACAUGGUCUACUGGGUGGUUUACUUGUCCAAAGACACUAUGGAGGCCAAAUUUCGAGACCAAAUCUAGUUUCUAGCUCCUCUAGGGGUGAUCUUGGGAAUCAUUUUCUCCACACUGUAUAGUGACGGGAUAACAAUAAUGGGUUCUCUUGAAUCCUAUCGGAGCUCUGGAGAAACGAAAGAUGACAUGACAAGGAAACCAAACAUGCUGGACAAGAGCCUUAAAUAAUUACACCUAGGAAUACUAAUCUCAGAACAUCUGUUUCAUUUUCUAGAGGGCUUCUGAGAAUGCGCAUGGUAACACAACCAUUCCAAAUAUGUCUGAAUCAAACAAAUCACAACUAGGCCAUACACUGAGUGGCCAUAUCCAAUCUGCAAUACAGUAACGGUUUGAUGGAUUGGUUAGUUUUAAUGUUAGUAAGUACGGUCACUGACGCAAAAUACAGUAAUUACUGAUCUUAGCGAAAACGGCUAAUAGAUCCCUCUAGUCUUAGCAGGCAUGGUUACAAUGACAAAGGAUUAGGAGUCACAAUAUCGCUGAGGGUGAGCCGGACACGCUACAAGUCACAAGGUGUCAAGAAGAACAGAGAUGCAUUGACAAGCAGAUUUGGGGUGUAUUUUCUCCCUUACUGAUAAACACCAGUAGAUAUCUGGGUAUGUUGUCAUUUGUUCUGGUAUCAGAUGUAGAUCCAUUUUUGUCCACUCAAAUCUACUUUGCACUCCCAAGCCUGUACAGUGAACCUCGACCAAGCUUUGUUAACAAGAGUAGAAUGAGGUUACCAUACAUGCUGGCCUACUUUGCUCAGUACCCUACAAAACAACGUUUCCAGGGGAUAAGGUUCCUCUAAGCCCUAUUAGUUCAAUAUUCUGAGUACAUUCCCUCCAACAACAUUCUAGGGAGUCUUUGGUUGAACGUUCAACUAUGAAAUGAUGUGUUUCUUUUACGUAGUCUGUUUCUGGAACCGUGUAUUAAUGUAUUCAUUAAACAUGAAAUAAGAAUAUUGAUAACUCACAAAGGAAUAUAUUGUAGGAAUCUGGUGAAACCUUUUGUUUUGGGAACAUUUCCUCUGAGUUCAGGGAUGUUAAUUUCUUUGCAUAUGUGGAGGCCUGAUUGAGGGUUUUCAUGGGCCUUUCAUGUACGGUACCUGUUAUUGUCCAUCAUGAGGUCAGAGGAAGGGUCAUUCCCCAUAUCAUCAUUUGUUACAUUGGUGUAGAAUGCAACUAUGAGUCCAUCAGAGACCACAAGUUAUGUCGGUUAGGGACUUGAGAGAUCGGGAGGAACGUGUAUAGUGACUAUGCAAUUCUCUCUGGGCGUUUCCUAGUGCAUUAGCCUUGAGUGCUGAGGGUCUUUAGGGUCCUAUACCAACUUUGGAUAGCUUUCCACUGAAGGUACAAAGUUCCACAUUUCUCAGUCCUGUAUGUGCUAUGUCCAUGGCAUCUAUGCAACCUCUCUUAUAGUAAAAGUAUACUGCUGUCUCCCUGAGGACAGCUCCGCUCUCGUUAUCAGCUGAGGUGAUUGUCAUCUGCAGAGGCAUGGUUAGUGACUUUCCUAAUGCCUGGUUUCCUGCUAAUGGCUAUCACCCAGACAGGUCUUACAUAGUUGGCCCCUCAGUCACUGUUGACAUAAUAGUGCAUUAAGUUCCUGCAGAUGGGGCUCAAAACAGAGAGGCUGAUAGACAGCUCAAUAUGUCUGCCUCUGCCUCAUGUCUCCUUGAUGCACUCGUGUGAAAUUGAUUCUGCACUCUCAACUACACACGCACACACACACACACAAUCACACAUCCAAGUACAACACACACUCUUUAAGGAACUUGUUCGCAACCGGUGGAAUGGUGUGUUUUGAUGCAUUUUGUGUUCUUUUCCCCAGCUGUCCCCAGUAUUUUCUCUCAAUAACACACCUUGCCUAGUGAUUGAUCAGGUGUCACGGGCAGUUCGCCUUGCUUGUUGAAAUCAUUUCAGGCUAGACUGCGGCCGGCUAAUGAAAGUUGGGUCUUCCCUAAAGAGCUCCUGGUUGCUGUGUGGGAGCAGCGAAACAAGUGUAGCGAGUCUAGUGUAUAUAUGCAGAGAGCACUUGCAGAGGAUGUGGUUGACUGGUUACGUCUGAUACAAAAGCAUCCCCCUGGGUGUUCAGCCACAGUACAUCAGAGGGGGAGGGAGGUCAUUAUGCAGGCCCAAUAAAGGAACACAUCGACAUCACUUUUAUUCAUACAGGCCCUCAGUAUGUUUUGGUCUACGUCUUGAAUAUCUAAAUGAGACUGCUUAGAAGAAGACCUGCGGAUAUGAUGUGUUAACUCACCGCAAACCCAGGCCUAAUCUGUCCACCGCUUAAGCCCAAUGGUUGAAUAAAUGUGGCCCCUAAAGAUGUUCUCUGACAUGGUCCUGAAGGUCAGUAGAUCAAUUGAUGGGACAUAAGCUAGUUAUAAAAGCAAUGUACUUUCAAGUCAAUAAUAUGUGAUUACUUUUCAGUGUAAUUGUGUUUUACACAAAAGACUUGUGUGGUUUGUGUUAUGUGGCAAGCAUAAUUUCAGCUUGGAAAUCAUAUUAGGCUUCCUUGACCAAUUUGAACAUGUCUGUCAUACUGGACUCAGAUGCUGAGCUGUUUUCUGUUUUAGGGAUGAUUUCACAGACUUAGAUCAGCCUAUUCCUAUCUACUGCCACUGGAAGAGAAUCAGAUUUGUAAUUGACUUAGCAAUGUAAGUCUUUGUCUCUGAGAAUAACUGGAGAUUUUUUUUUUCAUUGUACAAGCAGUUAUGUGAGCAAAUAUCCAUAAAUGCUCCUUGGACUGCCUCCAGAACCAAGCCCAGGCGAGGAGUAAAACUGCGAGAGGGAUUGGGAUGGCAUACACGUAGGUGGAAUAAAAAAGGCAUUGUUACUUCUUUCCAAGAGGUUAACCCUUACACAAAAUGGUUAACUCCUGACUGUACAUACUCACAACAAUAACCGAAUGUCUUUGUACAAAAUACUGACGUGUGUUUUGUAGUCAAGAUAAUAUUUACCAUUGCAAUUGGCUAUGCAAGACGAACAUGUUAAAAUUGUGACAUAGUGCAGGUGCCCAUUCUGGGCCUUCUGAGAGGAAGUGACAUCACUCUCAGCCAAAUAAACAGAGUGCAUAAUGUGACUGAUGGGUCUGGUUUCUUG